GGCUGCGGGCGGCGUCGCCAACCCAAAAAGCGAGACGGAAACCAGGCGUGUGAGGCGUCUUCCUGAGACGGACCGGCAACCGUCACCUGGUUUACCUGUUGUGGAGGACUACAGUUUACAAUGCCCGUGCUACCUGUUGUGCCAGAGAGUCAGAGUCAUGUACUCGCUGAAUUCGACUGCCUGAAUCCGCUUCUGUCCGCUCUUCGCUUAGACUCUGGCAGACUCAAGUGUACCUCUUUAGCUGUGUCAAGGAAGUGGCUCGCGUUAGGAACAUCUGCAGGAGGGGUGCACCUCAUUCAGAGGGAGGGUUGGAAACAGCGGCUCAUUCUUACUCACAAGGAGGGAUCUAUCACUCAGGUGGCAUGUUGCCCACACGACGAGGACUUCAUAGCUGUUGCUACAAGUCAGGGCCUGGUGGUAGUGUGGGAACUCCAGCUGGAGCGCCGGGGUCGUCCAGAGAGAGUUAGUGUGUCUUGGGAGCACAGGGAACAUGCCAUCACGUCACUCUGCUGGGACACAAGCUCUAUCAGAGUUUUUGCUGGGGAUGCAGGGGGCAAGGUGUCCUUCCUCCGUGCCGGAUCCUCCAAGCUGGGCAAGGGGUCAGCAUUUGUAAUUUUCCCUGUUCAGACUGUAACCAUUGUUGACUCUCGAGUGGUUCAGCUGGGAUACCAAGAUGGCCGCCUGCUUGUGUCCUCUAUGAGCCGCUGUUACCUGUGUGACACAGAGAGGGAGAAGUUCUGGCGUGUUGGAAACAAGGAGCGUGAUGGAGAGUACGGAGCCUGCUUUUUUCCUCAAAGCCGAGGAGCAACAAUGGGUCAGCCUCCGCUGCUGUAUUGUGCUCGCCCAGGGUCUCGCAUAUGGGAGGCCAAUUUUAAUGGAGAAGUCCUGAGCACCCAUCAAUUCAAGCAGCUACUGACUUGCCCUCCAUUACCGCUCAUCAGUUACAGAAGGGAGCCACAUUACAACCCCACACAGAGGACCUCCCAGUCCAUUGCUUUUCCAAAGCUGCUUCAUAUGGGGGACCAACAUUUGCUUUCCUGGACUAAUUCAGCUAUUUAUAUCUUCACACCACAAAGUGGUCAAGUACUUCUCUGGACUGAAAUCCAAGAUGUGGUCGACAUUGGAGUCUACCGCAGUGAGCUCUUCUGUCUCCAUGGCAACGGACAUCUGUCCCAGCUGUCCUUGUUGUCUGCAGAGCGUUGCAUUGAGCGCCUGUUGCGCAGGGAGUCCUGGCCUCUGGCUGCUGCCGUCUGCUGUAUGUUCCAGCACGCCAUCACCCCAAGCAGAGCAAGGAAAGUGAUUCCCAUCGACCGUCUAGACCAUCUGAGGUCCCAGCUCACUUCCGCCACACAUACGGAGCUGAUUGGCCAGUUGGAGGAAGUAAUUACCAAGCUAGAGCCUUUAGAUUCGGCCUCAAGCAGCCGCAGAAGCAGUAUUUCUUCACAUGAGAGCUUCAAUGUUCUGGAUUGUGGAAUCUACCGUGUCAUCAGCCGCAGGGGCAGCCAGUCAGAUGAGGAGACGAGCUCUCUUGUCAACCAGUCGAUGUCGGUGGAGGAGCGGCUCAAGGACUUUACUUUUGGGCAGGAAGAAGAUCAAAUGGAACACGAUCCCCCGAGCAGUGAGCGCAUGGAGAGUGAGCGGUCUGAGCCCGGCUUGCAAUUCCACCUCCCUCUCUCAUUCCGCUCCAAACCCCCCCGCAUCGGGUUGCAGGCUGUCAAAGACAGUGUCUCCAGCUUUGUGAAGAAGACAACGGAAAAGAUUAAUACCCUACAGAUGAACACUGACCGCUGGCCACGCCCUGACCCUAGAGAGACCAGUCAGGUUGACAUUUCAGCCACCACAGAACCGUCUCCUGCAGACCCUGAAAAUGAGGUUUAUAUUGAAUUAUCAAACACAGAGACCGACCUGCAGGAGCUUGAAAAAGCAACACAGCAAGCUGUCUCCCAGAUGUCGGAUCCUUUGAUCCUGUUGGACCCAGAUUGUCUGAGAGAAGUUCUGUUUGAGUGGCACUCUGUGCUAGAGAGAAUUCUGGGGCCUGUGGAGCUGGGAUCAGCUGAGGAUCGCUCAAUUUUGGAUAGAUCAGGAGAGGAGAGGCUAGAGAGGGACCAUCCAGAAGCCGCUCCAGAGCAGUUAGAGCAAUCUAAUUGCUCAUUAGAGGAACCAACAGAACGUGUUGAAGGUGAGAGGAGAGAAAAUUCCUUAGACCUGGAAGAGAAUGAGGAUCCAAGUGAAAGCCACCUGACAUCUGAGUCCUGUGAGAAAGUGGCUGUAGCUUCAAAUGGGGGCCAGUCAGAACCUGUGCAACUGGAGUCUUCCAAGCCUCUACCGUCAGACCUCCUAGCAGAUCUCAGCCAGUUGGCCAUGUUGUACCUGGAACUUAGCUGCUUCAGUAAACAGGUGGGGCCGGGAGGGGUCACAGCAGUGGGGGUAACAACGUUCUUGCGCCGCUACUUCUUCCUGCUAGACCAGGAGCGUGUGAGAAGAAUGUGCCUGCUCCGUUACCAGCAGCAGCCUGAGGUGCAGCGCUCCUUCAUUGAGGCCAUGCUAGAUCUCACUCAGUCUAGCAAGGUGGUGGAGGUGAUCCGGAGAGGGGAUUUGCUGAAAUCCCUGCGCAGCCUUAAAGAGUUACAUCCCUGGAGUGCUCCCCAACUCCUCGCUCACCUUCACAGGAUGUAUGAAAAACACGGGGAAGUGGCUGUACGCUCUUUUACACAGUUCUAUCCCACAAUUACCCCUGCUGACAUAAUGGCCAUGGCUCAACAAAGCCACUUUUUAGCAUACCUGGAUAAUCUGGUUCAUUCACAGGCUGAGGAUCAAAGGCUGUCAUUUUUGGGGUCCCUACUUCAACCAGAAUCAUUGCGACAGGACUGGCUUGAGCUGGCACUGACCCAUGAUGCGCCUAAACUAUCUGAUACCCAAGCCCCUGAUGGACAACCCAGAUGGCAUUCCCAUUUUUUCAGCUGGGGAUACGGACGCCUCCUGUGGCUCUUAGUUCAUCUUCCUGCAGACUUGUCCUCCAAACAGAGGAUGGCAGAAACCUGCCGCAACCAUGGGUACUGGACUGGCUAUCUUUAUUUGUGCUCUGAGCUGCAAUAUCGAACUGAGGCUUUCUCUGCCAUCUGUCGGCUGGAUGACAUUAGUCUGCUGGAGGAACCUCAUGGUGUUGUGCCUCAGACCUUGGACGAGUGGAAGCUCCUCAUCCAGCUGUCCCAGCAGUGCAGUAACUUGUCACAGACCGUUGCGAGCUCCAAUGGCGGCGGCUCGCCUAACAGUUCGGAAGAUUGCAGCCGCCAGGUGAACCCAGAGAACCUGACCCUGAGGCUAGCUCGAGCCAUGGGACCUGACCGCGCCCUCGCAGCUUUGGAGGAAUGCGGGGUGCAGCUGGCCCUUCCAGCCCAAUCCACGCUGGUUUGUGAGCUGCUUAAAGUGGCUGAGAAGAGGCAGAGAGCUAUGAUUCAGACCAUGCUUGAGCGCUGUGAUCGAUUCCUCUGGUCUCAGCACGCCUAACCGAGGCGAACGCCAUUCGCACGCACUGCAUGGAGAUCUGCUUAGCUUAGCCAAGCAAGCUACCUGCUGUUGACAAUGUGACAAAACUCAAAGGUCAUUAGUCGAACUUCUCAAAUCCAGGUAAAAGCACAAUGUCUUCCCAGUGAGGAGAGAAAACAGUUUUUUUUUCUCCUUUAUUCACAAACCCCGCGACCCUGAGGGCAGGAUAGGCGGUUUGAAUAAUGGAUGGAUGGAUAUUCACUAAUCUGUAAUCAUAUCAGCAUGAAAUUUGAGAGAAAGCUUUAUAUUAACCAAAACUCGUUUUUUCUGACAUCACUUAAAUCACGUUUUCUAAUUAAACAAUGUUUGGAGGGCAUGUAAGGUUAAGCAAACAUACCUAUAUAUUUGCAAUAAAAUGCCAAAUGAAUAGCUAGACUUAAAUGGCUGUGACAAAAAAAAGGAGUAAACUGUGAACAAAUUAAGUGUCUGAGUGUGCUUGCCUCUGAAUAUUUAAGUGAAUAAACUGUAUG